AUGGCUUUUGGUGAAUCUUUCCACAACCAAAGUUCUGUCUUGAGAAUCAACAUCAUGGUUCUGGAUGAUGAUCCAGUUUUUCUUGAAGUUAUCUCUCGCAUGCUUGAAAAGUCUAAAUACAGAGAUCCAUCGAUUAUGGAUAUCAGAGUUAUAGCUGAAGGAGACCCGUUGAAAGCAAUGUCUACUCUAAAACUUCAACGAAACAAUAUUGAUCUCAUAAUCAUAGAUUAUUACAUGUCUUGCAUGAAUGGUCUACAACUCAUAAGCAAAAUCACCAAAGAAUUUGGGAAUUUACCAGUCAUAGUUAUGUCAUCGGACACCAACAAAGAGCAAGAGAGUUUAACUUGUGGAGCAAUGUGUUUCCUUGCCAAACCCAUAAAACCAAUUGACUUACCAAAAAUUUACCAAAUUGCUUUAACCUCCAAGAGGAAUGGUAAGUCAUGGAGUGAGCCAAACCACAAGAUGCUUCAUGGACAAGAUAAUGCCUUGAAGACCAGGAACAAGUGCUCAUCUAAUACAAAUGCAAGUUGUCUUAGUACCAAUGGUUCAAGACAAAAUCUGAAAAGAAGACCCAAUGGUUGUCUUGUUGAGGAUGGUGAGUCUUCGUCGCGACCCUCCAAGAAGGCUAAGAUUAUAUGGACGGAUAGUCUUCAGAACCUGUUCCUACAAGCUAUUCGACAUAUCGGUCUUGAUAAGGCUGUGCCAAAGAAGAUCUUAGCGUUCAUGAAUGUGCCCUACUUAACAAGAGAGAACGUAGCCAGCCAUUUACAGAAAUAUCGGAUAUACUUGAAGAGAGUUGCGGAGAAUGGUAUGGUGAGCAUUAUGUCGGGUAGAUCUAGCAUAGAAUCGAUGUUUCGAUAUGCUCACAUCAAGGAGCCCUGCUUCAACAACUAUACACAUGUUCCUUCUUGGUAUGACACUAGUCUUAACAAUAGAUCAUUCUAUUCCAAAACCGAGCACGGCUUUGCCCAGUCAAGACUCUUGUCCGACACAAGUGCGCCUGUCCAUUUUAACCAGAUGCCUUACAACUACAUGAACCGACCAUCUACGUACGAGCCACAACAUAUUGGAGCUGGAUCAAACUCGACGCUACCAAUCCAAAGGAACCUCAGUGUCCCAAACCAACCAUCUCAAAACGAGGAAAGAAGAAGCUUUUUUGAACAACAUGAGAUGGCCAACAUAAUCAACCAAACAUCUCAAGUUCAUGGGUUAGGUAAUAAUGUCAACAAUAGUAUGAUGAGUACCUUUGGAAGUUUUACUCCAAAUCAACCAGGACUUAGCCACUUCUCCUACGAGAACACUGCACAUAACCCACAACUCGGCAUGACAAAUGAACUUCCUUACAACAUCAGCAACUUUGAAUUCGAUCACAACAAGGUAUAUAUAUAUAUAUCAACAACAUGA